AUGAAUUUAAGGCUACAAUUGACGAAAUUUUUGAAUCUAUGUUUCAUGUUAGCUAGUGCAUUUAUGUUUUGGAAAGGUCUAUCCAUUUUCACAAAUUCACACUCCCCAAUUGUCGUGGUAUUAUCUGGAUCUAUGGAACCUGCAUUCCAAAGAGGUGAUAUCUUAUUUCUGUGGAAUCGAAACGUAUAUAAUAGGGUUGGUGACAUUGUUGUAUAUGAAGUAGACGACAAGAGCAUUCCAAUUGUUCAUAGGGUAGUGCGUGAACAUCGUAAUGAGGCCACCGGGAAACAAUUAUUAUUGACCAAGGGUGAUAAUAAUGUUGCAGACGAUAUCUCCUUAUAUUCGAAAAGGCAGGUUUACUUACAAAAAGACAAGGAUAUAGUUGGUACAGUGAAGGGGUAUUUACCCAAAUUAGGUUACGUCACCAUAUUAGUGAGUGAGAACAAGUAUGCAAAGUUUGCUUUGAUGGCGAUACUGGGAAUUAGUUCGCUGCUAAGUAAUGAAUGA